CACGGCCGAAAAUAAUCCGACGUGAACUGCACAGAGAUAGUCACAUUUUCUGGAAAAAGCAAUAUUGGACAACAAAUUAUGUUGAACAGGGGUUUAUUGUCACAUUCAACUGAUACAUUUACUGAGAAAAUGGAAGACGUAGACACCGACUUACAAAUCAGCUCCUCACAGGACAGCCUCAUGGAGGCUGCUCUUGCUGCCCUUGGUACGGGGGAUAUGACCCCACUGGUGAAGGAAGAACUGAAGUUGACCAUACAGUCGCGCCGCCUGGCGUCAGGGAAGGGAGAACUACGCGUCAACUUUGAACCCCCUACCCAGUCAGAGUUAACAGAGGAAGAAAAGGUUAAGGUAGACAGACGGCGUGAACAGAACAGAAUGGCGGCCCAGCGGUUCCGUCAGAAACAGAAAACGUUAGGGGAUCGAGUACAAAAGCAGGUCCGAGGUCUGGAGACUGACAACACAAGACUUAGAGCAGAGUUGAGGCUUUUACGGGAGGAGAGAGACGAUCUGAGACGGAGGCUGACGGAACACCUGAAGGUCUGCCCGGGGGUGUCCCUGUACGUCGUCAACACCUGACCCACCCAUCAACCAAUGUUCACAUUCAUACGCCAAAUAUGGAGAAAAGAAAACGAACAAAAAAUAACGAUAUUGAGUACCCCCUCCCUCCCCUGUAGUGGAGUAUAUCAGCAUAAUACAUAACCUACAUGUAGGUGUGGUGUGUUCAUUCUGUACAAGUUGUGCCAUGUUUUAGAACAAGACGGAUCAGUUCAUUGUUUCACGGAAUAACAUAAACAUGUGAUUAUUUAACUCUUUGAUGUAAAACAUCAUACACUGUCGAUUUUUGUCAUGAACAUGUGAGCAUGUAUCGAAUCAUCGAGAACAGUGACGCAAUGUAACCAUAUGAUUUCACAAUAAAUAUUGCAAACACUUA